GAACAGAUUGAGCACAUUAGUUCUUUCUUUACCAUACACUUACGCAGACGCAAGAAGCAGAUAUCAUGGACACUCGCAAAUACCCAGACGACGACAAGAUCGCAACCGCUCCCAACACCGGUCCUGGGGAGUCUCAGCUGAACCCCGGUGGAGUUGCUCCUCCAACAGACAACGUGGCCAACCCUGACCCACCGAAGCAGGAGGGCUCCUCCAUCUUUCAGUCUAUUGAGAACCCUUAUGCAUUGCAAGAGGCGAUCAACAAGCUGGAGAGCUCACUGGAUGAGGUGAUCCAUUUGUUCCAGGGGGAGAGGGAGACGCUGGCUUCGGAUGGAGGGUUUGAUAAGGGAAAGGAAGGAAUCCAACUCUUCCGCGACUGGAAGGCUACAUUGGAGAAGCUGAAGAACGGCCAGAUGUAGGAAGAUUUCGAAGUCACCGCCAACUUGUAGUCGCUAUGCUUCACCGAUGUAUGGGAAUCGCAAUGAGAUACGCCGUCUUCAUCUUGGUCCCUGCUCACGAAGCCUGUGAGUACAGACGCUCAGGUAGGGCCCGUUUUGCAGGGGUCUUUGCAGGGAUGCCAGAGUGUGUAUGAGCCGCUCAGCCGGGCCUCUUACGUAAUCGCGCGAGGCCCCCGAGCAAAAGCAGUAGGCACUCAGGGCAUCCAGGUACAGGAGUAAUGCUGACAGUCUCUGAGCUCGCGAAGGAAUGGGACGUUCUGGUCACUUGUCUUGAGAUCGAGCAAGACAGUGGUGUUCGAGGGGUUGCGCCGUUUAAUACCAUGAUCUUGUCCCUUCCAGC